GCUGCCACACAUUCUCGUGCACAAACUUCCUUCUCUUCCAUGAGAAGCUGAAAUUGAACUCUCAUUUUCCUCCUUCAUCCCCCCCCGGAGAAAUUCUUCCCAUGGCGAAAACCUUGAUUUCAUCGCCGUCGUCGUUCAUCGGAACUCCUUUGCCGUCGUUCUCUCGCCAUGUAUUUCACCGGCGAAGGCUUAUCUCUACUAGAGUGAAAUUUAGCUUCCAUGAGAUUCCUCCGAUUCACUCGCUUCACUCUAAUUUCGAUUUCGAAGCUGUUGUAAGCCGAGCGGAGGGACUUCUCUACACGUUAGCCGAUGCUGCCGUCGCGGCUGAUCCUGGUGUUGCUUCCGAUGCCACUGGAGCCGCUGCUACUGCUCAGAAAAGCGGUGGUUGGUUCGCUUUCAUUUCUGACGCCAUGGAAGUUGUAUUGAAGGUAAUGAAGGAUGGAUUGCAAGCUGUGCAUGUGCCUUAUGCCUAUGGAUUCGCAAUCAUAUUACUUACUGUCCUGGUUAAAGCUGCCACUUUCCCUUUGACAAAGCAACAGGUUGAAUCAACAUUAGCAAUGCAAAAUCUCCAACCAAAGAUCAAAGCUAUUCAACAAAGAUAUGCUGGAAAUCAGGAGAGGAUCCAACUUGAGACAUCACGUUUAUAUAAGCAGGCAGGGGUCAAUCCUCUUGCUGGAUGUUUCCCAACUUUGGCUACUAUACCAGUUUGGAUUGGUCUUUAUCAAGCUCUCUCCAAUGUGGCAAAUGAGGGAUUGCUGACUGAAGGUUUCUUUUGGAUCCCUUCUUUGGGAGGCCCGACUACUAUAGCUGCUCGACAGAGUGGAACUGGAGUUUCUUGGCUAUUCCCAUUUGUGGAUGGGCAUCCGCCUUUGGGUUGGCAUGACACUGUGGCUUACCUCAUUUUGCCUGUCCUGCUAAUUGUUUCACAAUAUGUUUCAAUGGAGAUAAUGAAACCUCCCCAAACAGAUGAUCCAGCUCAAAAGAACACACUUCUGGUUUUCAAGUUCCUUCCGCUCAUGAUUGGCUAUUUCUCUUUGUCUGUUCCAUCAGGGUUAACAAUUUACUGGUUCACAAAUAAUGUGCUGACCACAGCACAACAGGUAUGGUUGCGCAAGUUAGGUGGUGCAAAGCCUGCUGUGAGUGGAGAUGCUAGUGGUAUCAUCAGUGCUGGACGUGCAAAAAGAACUACCUCUCAACCUGAACAAUCUGGAGAGAGAUUCAGACAGCUAAAAGAAGAUGAAAAAAAGAAAAAGUCAACCAAGGCACUCCCUACAGAUAAGGUUGAACUAUCUGCUUCUAUAUCUGAUUCCGAGGACCAACCAGAUGAUGACACCAAGCCCAAGGAUGAAGAAGUUCUAGAAGAGGCUUAUGCUUCUAGCAGUAGUAAAGAAGUUCCAAAUUACUCAGGGCCAAGGAAGAGUAAGAGAUCAAAAAGGAAGCGUUCUGUAUAAAGCGGAAAUCCCGGAGUUAAAGAAAAUAGAAAAAACAGGACUUGCUUCAGCUACCAUAUCAGGAAAAAGAAGAAAAUAGUGCAUCACAUUCAUUUAUUAGUGUUUCAUUAGCAGUGAAGAGUCGUAACUUGCCUGCUUUUAUAGCUUGAGCCAUGGGAAUGAAGUUAUAAUCAUGUCGACAUGCUGCCCAUAUUGUCGAUAUGACAAGAAGGUAGAGGAGCUCUGUUCUCUUCAUCUUUAGCAUUGGAAUGUUGAAGGUGGAUGGGUGCAGCAGAAGGUGAACUUAUAAGUGGGGAAAUCAUUUCCAAUAUAGGUAGCAUAUAAUUGGUAAUCAUUACUAAUCUUGAAAACAUGGAUUGUUAGAUAAAGUUGCUGGGGUAUCCUAUGCCCAUUUUUAUGUAACAAGUGAUAAGUUCAGGAAUUGCUGGCUCACUUCUCAUUGUGAAUUGACUUCUUGCUCAGUCA